GGGCACUUUUCAGUGGCAUUCAAUAUAAAAAAAGCAAAUUGUCGGUAGUAGAGCGGUGAUUUUUUGUUUAUUUUUUCCGUUUAUUCUUUUCCCUUUGUGCAUUUGCACUUGCUCUCUGUCGGUAACCCCUUCUUCUUCUUCCUCAUCCUCCGGCUGGACGUAACCCACAAUGCUCUUUCUCUCACUCUACGAAUGUGACUCUACGAUUUGUGUUAUGGCAGUGUUCUAAGUUUACCAUACUUCUAUUAUAUAGAGGAAGAGAGAAGUGUAUAUGUGUGUGUAUGUGUAUGUGCGGUAAAGUGUUAUUACUUCCUGGUAUUAAGUUGAACACCUCUCCCUCCCUACUAACUAUCAUUGCCUUGUUAUCGUGUAGCCGUGUCUCCUUCAGCCCGUACGAGCGUAUGUAUAUGUAUGCACUAAGUUCGUUAGUUGUAUGUGUGAAUAAUGCUGAUGUUCAUUCGGUAAUUAUUGUCGCCGCGUUGAUUUUAUUUCGUCUUCGUGCCACUCGUUUAUCGUUGGUGAUUGCCAUUGUUUUUUCGGUUGCUGUUAAUGCUGUCAACUUGCCAACGCUAUUAACGAGAUGUGUGUAUGUGUGCACUGGUAGUAAUAAACCAACCAAUCAACCACCCACUCCACCCUAUACAUAUUUCGAGGUAUUUGCAAUCGUGUGAUGCUUAGUUGGGUUGGCUGCUGGCUGUUGUGGUUGAGUGUGUUGAACAAGCCAGUGUUUGUUUACUGGCCUAGGCAGCAUUAGCGACGAAAACUUUGUUUUUACAAUUCUACUACAAAAACAAUAACACCAUCUCUCGCUCUGUCUCCAUCAAUUGCCGCAAACAACAAACGCGUUUCAUUGCCGCACACAUAAAUCGUUCAACUAACUGGUAGCAGUGAUUCGAAGACUUAGGCGUGAGAGAAACUCUGAGAUCAACAGGUGUUUUGGUGUGUGCUGCUGCUGCUGCUGCUGACAUUUGUUACCUUUUGUUUUAACGCCAUAACGAUGUGCUGGUGUCGUUCGUAGUCGCUGCUGUAGUCGACUGUGUUCUACUGCUCUCACUCUCCUCGUGCUGAUCAAAAAUAUGCUGGAAGAGUUUAUUGAAAAAUUACCCAAUAUUGACAGUGAUAAACGUUACGAGGACAUUUCACCCAUGGAGCAGGAUAUGAUGGUGUCGAAUGGUCUGGGCAGCAUUGCGCUGCGACGUGAUGAUGACUAUCGCAUACGGAUAAUGAGAAUGGAAGAGGAUGUUCCAGAAAAGGAAAAGACUUCAACUUGCAGCACAUUGUUAAUAUUUCUGUCGAUAGCAAUAAUCAUCUUAACGUUACCUUUUAGUUUAUUCGUAUGUUUUAAGGUUGUUCAGGAAUAUGAACGCGCGGUUAUCUUCCGUUUGGGACGUUUAAUGUCCGGUGGAGCCAAAGGACCAGGUAUUUUCUUCAUAUUGCCGUGCAUUGAUUCCUAUGCUCGAGUAGACUUGCGUACUCGAACGUAUGAUGUGCCACCACAAGAGGUCCUCACCAAAGACAGUGUUACAGUUUCGGUGGAUGCCGUUGUCUAUUAUCGCGUCUCAAAUGCCACCGUCUCCAUAGCGAAUGUUGAAAAUGCACAUCACUCGACGCGUUUGCUGGCACAGACAACCCUGAGGAAUACCAUGGGCACCCGGCAUUUGCAUGAGAUCCUUAGCGAGCGUAUGACAAUAUCCGGUACAAUGCAGCUUGCACUGGAUGAGGCGACUGAUGCUUGGGGUAUUAAAGUGGAGCGUGUUGAAAUAAAGGAUGUACGACUUCCGGUACAAUUACAAAGAGCCAUGGCUGCGGAAGCAGAAGCAGCACGCGAGGCUAGAGCCAAAGUCAUAGCGGCAGAGGGUGAGCAAAAGGCAUCGCGUGCCUUACGUGAAGCCUCGGAGGUCAUUGGAGCCUCACCGGCCGCCUUACAAUUAAGAUAUCUACAGACUUUAAGCCAAAUAUCAGCGGAAAAGAAUUCCACAAUUGUUUUUCCCAUGCCAAUUGAUUUGGUAACAUAUUUCCUCAAAUCCAAAGAUGCGGCCACCCAGCAACUGGCCGAAGCUGCUGUGGCAGCCAUGGACAAUAAGUCAUUGGCACUGGCCACACCGACCCCAACCCCUACCGCUGCGGAGCCAUCACCGAACACAAACAAUGGGAACAAGGACAUCAAGUCAUUAGAGAAAUCUGCCUAAAGCAUUCAAUUCAGGAGCAAUGUUUAACGAUAAAUUUCAAGGGAAUGCCAAGCCUUUGCCAUUGCCAUCACCAUUAUGAUGGUACCCCACUCAAAGGCAUUUUUUUUGUAUUUUACCCUGUAAUGAUAGAAAGUCAAGCAGCUGCCACAACAUUGCCUACUGUUAUCAGACAUCGAAAUGCUUUCCAGUUAAUUAAGUACUCAAAUAUCAUUUGACUAAUUCACUCUGAUCUAUCUGUCUAUCUACUCAAACUUGACCUAAAGUUAAUCCUGUAAAGUAGUUCAGUCAAAAACCAAUCAACGAAUCUAUUCAACCCCCUAACAAGCCAACUAAUCCUAGUUAAUUCAGUUCCGCUACGACGUAUCACCACAGAAGACAACGAACAAGUUUUUGAAUAAUAUUUGGCAUGCCACGCACACACCAAAACUGUGUCACUACCAACCUACUCUCUAAAACAAAAAUUUAUUUGUAGUUUUAAUAGUUUAUCCAACUCAAACUUGUUAACUAUCAAUUCAACUCUAAUUAUUAUUGAAAAAAAAAAAAACACGAAAAACUCAAACAAAGCCAUACAAAAUAUUGGGACGAAUCGAUGGGACAACAAUAAAUUAAAUGGAAAAUUAGAAUUUACGAAAUGGUAAUUGGGCAGAGUACAGCACUUGGGAAUGUUAAUUAAAUUCUAAUGUGAAAUGUAUUAUGCAUAAGAAUUAUAGUUGGGCGUCAACGACCAUUUGAUACCUCAUAACGCCUAAUGUGUAAUCUUAACGGAAAUAAGUUAGGAGAGAAGAGUUGUAAGGUCCGAUUAGGCCAAACUUAAAGAAAACUAAUAAGGAAAACCCAAAGUCGGGUGAAACAGACUAUAUAAUACCCUACACCUGCAGCACAAUUAUAAAUACGGGCAAUAUAGGUAUAUGUAUAUGAGAGCUAUAUUUUAAUCUGAACCCACUUUUUUCGAACAGAUCGUUUGAAAAUUGUUGUUGCUAUGGCCAUAUAAGUGCAAAUGCUGCAAUAAAUGUACAUGGGAGCUACAUCCAAAUCUGAGCCAAAUUUAAUGAAAUUUCGCAUAUAUGUUAAGAUGAGUAACAAAACAAUCUGUGCCAAAUUUUGUGCAGAUCGGUUGAAAAAUAUAGUUACUACGGCCAUUCAAGUGCAAAUCGGGCGAUACAUAUAUAUGGGAGCUAAAUCCAAAUCUGAAUCGAUUUUGAUGAAAACUUGCAUAUAUUUUUAGAUAAGUAACAAAACAAUCCGUGCCAAAUUUUGUGCAGAUCGGUUAAAAAUUGUAGUUGAAAAGAGGGUGCGGAUAUUAAUCCGACCCAUGCUAAGCCAGAAAUCGGCUUCUUGUGCGCUCUAAAAACCAACAA